UUUCAGGUUCGCAUUCGAAUUGCCAGGAUUAUAUGAUAGCUAGAUGAAAGGGCAUAGUAUUUUGAAUAUUAACUGAUCGAAUCAUCAUUAUUCGAUACAUUUUGCAAGGAAAUAUUGAAAAUGAGAAUAAAUAAUUUGGGUAAUUACGACGAUCAAAAGCCAUUCCCGACAUCGAUCAAUAAGCAUCCUGAUUACUACCAUGAUCAGGUACCAACCACAUCACGGAUGCAUCAUUUGGUACAUCUGGUACGAAAGAAAUCAGCAAUUUUAUCACUGCCCAAAAUUAUCCGCCGUCGUGAGUUGCAUGGAGAAGCAAGACAGCUCAAUCGGAUUACUUGUCGAGUACGGCUAGAUCAGUUAGAAUGUCCAUAUCUAGUCGAAAUUUCAGGCGUGAAACGUUUACUGGAUAUUAUCCGAGAGUGCAUUUUCAUAGGUCUUUCAAAUGAUUCUCGCUAUGCAGUUGGGCUACUCUACUCAUUGCCUAACUCCCAUCGUUCAGUGGGACAUGACGAAGACGAAACAGAGCUCAACGUUAUUGUAUUUGAAUUAUCAGCAACAUUGCUUAGACCUGCUUUUAUAACAAUUUUCACAGCCUGGCCGGGUAGUGCGAAAGUUUAUGCAACAUUCCCAUGCAGCUCUUCGCAUAUCUCAAUCGUCGGUUUUACGAAGCAAAAUACUGAACCAAGGAAUACAACUAUAUCACGACGAGACUUGGAACCUUUCUCGGUUAUUGCUAAAGUUAGAUUCAUACUAUUUCGUUUCCAUAUCACUAUUUCCCUGACUACGUGCCUUGUGAUGUCUUAUCGUUGGAAUGGCUUGAAGUUAUCGAGAGCAGUUCUGCGUUCAACGGAUCACGGUGGUAUACUGAAUGGAGGAACUGCUUUGAUUUCUUAUUUGUUUACGAAGAAUUGUCCCCCUUUGAAAGCAGUUCGUAUGUCUCGUAUGAUAAUGCAAGUGAUUGAUCCAGAAAUAGUGGACGGUGGUGAAGCACAAAUAUUUGAGGGAUGUAACUCGCAAGAUAUCAGAGCGGAGGAUGCAACCUUACAUUAUGGAAACAUUCCUCGAGAAUACCAUUUAAAGCGAGUCACUGUUGAAGACAAUGAUCCCUCACCAGCAGGCCUAAGUGAGCCACUUUUUGUCACUGAAACUGUAAUGGACAUUGAACGUUUACUAUAUGAAAUCAUGCCUGUAGUUGUCUCCCGUAUGUAUGGAAACUACAAAUAUGAAGGUUUAAUCGAUUAUGAGGUAGAUCUGAUCGAUUGUGAACAAUAUGUAGCUAAUAUUGUAUUAACUUCAGUUAUCGAAGCCAAAGGACCUGGUGAAACGGGCAGAAAUUUAGCAUAUAUAGUAGUACUUUAUAUUGUAUGGAAUACUUUCGAAGGUACGCGUCAGAUAUCUUCCUUCAGAGGUAUGCGUUUCGUUCCCUGGGCGAUAGCUCAUCGUCCAGAUCAGUGGUAUCCAUUUAAAACCGUUUUGAAAAAGGAAUUUACGCCGGAUGAACGGGUUAUAUCAAAUAUUCCAUUUCUGAACGGUGAAAGUUUGGAAUUUUUGGCAUCAACUUCACCAGGAAUUACGAUUUGGAAAGAAUUUGCUUCCCGAUCCAAAACUACUUAA